AUGGCCUCCUUGUUACUUCUACUCUCUAUGUCAUUGACAACCAUUUGCGGAGCUACUCAUGUAGAUUUGAAAAAACUUCACCGAGAUUUGAUGGAAAAUUAUAACAAAAACUUACGUCCGACGUUUAACCUCUCACAGCCGACAGAAGUGGAUAUUCAGUUUUAUCUGCUCUCGAUAAAAGAAUUCGACGAAAAGACCAGCAGAUUUGCUAUUGUUGGCGUAUUUGUACUAAAUUGGAACGACUUUCAGUUGGCAUGGGAUCCUGAUGAUUAUGGUGGCAUUGUAAGUACUGUUUUUCCACAGAACACUUUAUGGAAACCAGAUCUUAUACUUAUGAAUCCAUAUGAGAAAGUUGAAUCUGCCGGCUUUGAGGAUCUGAAAAUUGUUGUGAUUAAUAAUGGAUCUGUUUUUUGGGCUCCGGUUGACGUUUAUGAAGUCACGUGUCCAGCAGAUGUAACGUACUAUCCGUUUGAUCAGCAAACGUGUUCGUUGUUUUUUAGUGUCUAUAUGUAUACAGUGUUUGAUGUUACUUUGAAACCAUCAUCAACUCACAUAUUCACCGAUGAUUAUUCGCCAAACAGUCUUUGGUACUUGAAAGACACAAGCUUUACAAUCAUUGAAUCACAUAACUCACAAACACUGUUGAUGAAGACAAUGCUUCAGAGAGGACCAUUGUUUCAAGUCAUAAACACUAUAGUACCAUUCAAUAUGUUGGGACUAUUGAACAUCAUGGUGUUCCUUCUUCCUGCCGAAUCUGGUGAACGUGUUGGUUUUUCCGUGACGAUUCUGUUAGCUAUUGCUGUGUUUAUGACAAUUGUGGCGGACACUUUGCCUGGAACCAGCGAACCUUCUUUCCCUCGACUAUGUUAUUUAUUGAUAGCACAGUUAGGUGUCAAUAUGCUUGUGACAGUUUUCACUAUCUUAAUAUCAAGACUGCAUCAUAAACCAAAACAGCAAAAUAUUCCUUCAUGGCUACAAAAAAUCAUAGGCAAAUGUGUUUGUUUCCAUCCAAAAUUCAAAUUAAUAAAUUCAAAUGAAAACAUCAACAACCAAGAUCUUAAUAACCCGAACAUCGAUAGUUUAGAAACUGUUGUAUCAAUUGUUCAGGAAGCAAAGAAUGUUGAUUUAGGAGAUGAGGUAAAUCACAGACCUCGAAAAGGAGUAAAACACACGUGUAGUAAAAUGUCAUGGCAGACAGUGGUGAGCUUUCUCGAUGUCUUUUCUUUUCUUUUCUUUCUUGUCAUUUAUGUAUCAAGCAUGAUAGCCACUUACUUUGUGUUCUGUUAA